CAUUUCUUAUCACCUUAUCAGUCAGCUGUCACUGUCAUUCUGUCAUUCAUUUACAGCAAUAAAAUUUUGAAGGGCAAAUUAACUUUGUGAGAAAGUGUUUUAUUUUACGUUUUGAAUUAAACACAUUUUAAAAAUCAAAAUGAGCGCCUUUGCAAGAAAAAUGUUUGGUCAACUGAAGAGUAAGGAGUUCAGAGAUUAUUUAAUGAGCACACACUUCUGGGGUCCAAUAGCAAACUGGGGAAUUCCGUUAGCAGCUCUCGCAGACAUUAAGAAAGAUCCCAGCUUUAUCAGUGGAAAAAUGACAUUAGCGCUAACAUUCUACUCGAUGAUGUUCAUGCGCUUCGCGUGGCGCGUCCAGCCCCGCAACAUGCUUCUCUUCGCGUGUCACUUCACCAACGAGUGUGCGCAACUCACGCAGGGCGCUCGCUUUAUCAACUACCAUUACAUCGAGGGGCCGAAACCUGUGGAGGAGAAGAAGGAAUAAGUUUAGUGGGGAUUGGUUGCUUGAUGUUGGAGUCUGGAGUCGAGAAUGGAGAGUUUUCUGAGAGCUCAUAAAAAGAUACAGGGUGUGCCAGGUAUUCCAUGAGUGUGGCACACACUUCUACUAUCACCAACAUAACUUAAGGUAUAAACCCGAGGUACUGGGUACUGGGUGGUAGUACUAAAAUCGGAAUUAACAUGAAGAAGGCGUGAAAUGUGUCAGUUUUGGGAAAAACGUUUUCAAACGGAAGUUAUGAUUUUUUCAAUUGCCGGGCUAGUUGGCCUUGGAUUUAACUUUAAUCUAUGACUUACUCCUAUUUUAUGAGCUCUCAGAAAACCUUCCAUUCACAGCGGGUUAGCCUGUUAGACCGCAGCUCAGGUGGUUCAUUAUGCAGUUUGAGAGUAGUGAUAUUCCGAAUUUGUAGUUGAAGAUAAAGAAUCAAAAUGAAAAUGGCGGACGGACACACUAAUCGCGGAUUCUCUGAAUCAUUUCUACUUCACACUCACGUAAAGGCUGCAUUUUCAAUUUGUUUAUUUAUCAGCACGAAAGCGCGCGUGUGCGAAUGAAUAUCACUGCUAUUUGCAUCUUAGAAGAAUUUAAUUAUUAAUCAUAGGUUGAAUUUGAAUGGAUUCUCAAAAACUGAGUAUAAAACAAGUGUAUCUUCGUACCUAUAGAGCUCGGGCUCAUUCAAUAUCAAUGGAAUAUCGAUAGAGUAUAGAAAUAAAAUACGUAAGGUAAAAUAAUACGUAAUAAAUACGUAAGGUACUGCUGUGAAUACAAGUGUUUAUACGUAAAGUCUGUAGCCAAAUGCCAACACGUAAACUUAGUGAUAUUAUUAACUCUGAAAACGUACAAAUUUAACGUCUUGCAAGAAAUAUGUUUCCCUUUUUUACGCCUUCAGGGUUAAAAUCUUAUAAUAUGUUUUAUGUAAAACCGGCUAUAUUGUUGUAGCCACAUUUUUAUUAUGGAAAACUUAGUUUUGUUAAUGCAAGGAUGUAGAUAGUGUAGUUAGCUUAAAUAGACAAAUAUAGCAUUUUCUCAACUGCCGUGGGCAGAAGUAGUUAUCUAUUACUAAUUAUUAUAACUAUACAGGUGAAUAUUUUUUGAUAAAAUUAUUUAUUUUAUUAUGUUCCAAAUACAUACUAUUGUUGAUCUGUUUAUACAA